AGUGCUUCAAUCUCUUCUUCUCUGAUACGAAAUCCUCAUCGAUUGCGACUUGCGAGAGGACUGUAGUGUUUCCCAUUAUUGUACAUAGGGAAAUUUUCGAUCAGUUGAUUCACACUUAUGAUUUUGCUCGGGUUAAAAUGACAAAAUUGUGUGAAUGGCCCUUACGAUAUUCAUUUUGAAUGUAUUAGGGGUUUCCGUAUGAAGGUGUUAGAGAUGUCUGAAACAUAGAUUGAUAUGAGCCUGACCGAAGUUUCAGUGAUGAAAUCUCCCUUGGUUCCACUCGCCACCUUGAUGGGUCGCGAGCUUAGGAACGAGAAGGUUGAGAAACCUUCCAUCAAAUAUGGACAGGCUGCUCUAGCCAAGAAAGGAGAGGAUUACUUUCUUAUAAGACCAGAUUGUCAGAGGAUUCCGGGGAAUCCAGCGUCGUCCUUCUCAGUAUUUGCGAUCUUUGAUGGGCACAAUGGCAUCUCAGCUGCUAUAUACGCCAAGGAGAAUCUGCUAAAUAAUGUUAUGAGUGCAAUCCCGCAAGGCAUUGGUAGGGAAGAGUGGCUUCAAUCCCUCCCUCGGGCAUUAGUUGCGGCUUUUGUGAAGACUGACAUAGAGUUUCAAAGGAGAGGAGAAACAUCUGGUACAACAGUUACCCUAGUUGUGAUUGACGGAUGGACAGUGACAGUUGCAUCUGUAGGGGAUUCACGAUGCAUAUUGGAUACACAUGGGGGUGUGGUUUCUAUUUUGACCGUUGAUCACAGGCUAGAAGAGAAUUCUGAAGAAAGGGAGCGUGUGACUGCAAGUGGUGGUGAAGUGGGAAGACUUAAUGUUUAUGGAAGUACACAGGUGGGUCCCCUUCGCUGCUGGCCUGGAGGAUUAUGCCUUUCAAGGUCAAUUGGUGAUAUGGAUGUUGGGGAAUUCAUUGUUCCUAUACCAUACGUUAAGCAAGUUAAGCUUUCGAAUGCUGGGGGAAGGUUAAUUAUUGCUUCUGAUGGAAUCUGGGAUGCUUUGUCAUCUGAGAUGGCUGCAAAAUCAUGCCGGGGUUUGCCUGCUGAGCUUGCUGCAAAGCUUGUUGUGAAGGAAGCUCUGAGGUCAAGAGGUCUAAAAGAUGAUACAACCUGCCUAGUUGUUGACAUCAUUCCACCUGAACAUUCUGUUCUGCCACCAACUCCAAAGAAGAAACAGAAUAAACUCAGUUCGAUUAUCUUUGGGAAAAGAUCUCUGAAUUCUUUCAGUAGAUCAACUAGCAAGCGUUCCUCUGUUGGGGUUGUGGAGGAGCUGUUUGAAGAGGGUUCUGCAAUACUUGCAGAAAGGUUGGGUAAGGAUUUUCCCAAGACAAACUCAGGGAUAUUCAGGUGUGCAGUGUGCCAAGUGGAUCAACCGCCAAGUGAUGGUUUGUCUGUUAAUUCCGGAUCUUUCUUCUCACCUGGAUCACAGCCUUGGCAAGGUCCAUUCCUUUGCACAAACUGUCGGAUGAAGAAGGAUGCCAUGGAAGGAAAACGGCCAAACUCAACUAAAGUGACCACAUAGUUGAUUUUCUGGUAAAUUGCAUAGUAUAUGUUUAUAGUUAUUUGUCUUCAGUAGUGUGAUCUUAUUCAUUGGGAAAACACUUUUUUAGAUUUGAGAGCUCAUUACUGAGGAAGGGUUGAUUUGAGUUAUAUUCUUGGUGGUGAUUUUUAUGUCCCUGUAAGAAGGAAUAGAUUAUGUAGGUCCUGUGAAGAAAGUAGGGUGUGUUGAUUCUGGUCUGUGUCUGAUUGGAGACUAGCCAUAAAAACGUACUGUUCGUAUAUAUGAUUCUGAUAGGGUGCUAACAGCUUGAAUUUGUAUGUAACAUUUGUGAUGGCGACAUAUUUCUUAGUGCA